AGAGAGAGAGAGAGGGUUCUUUUACAUGUAUCUUGUAGUCUGGACACUUGGACACGUGAUGUGAUGUAGUCUCUCCAAUGGAGGGCACUUGAGUGUAUAUUUCACCAUGUCUCUUAGCUGUUGUCUUGCUUAUCUUCUCUGUUGCAUCUCCAUUCUUGCAGUCCUACAAGAACAUGUCUUUGUCAUAUGCAAUUUAACUACUUUCAUUUUCCAGAAUUUAAUAGAUUCUGUAGUUCCAAUACUUCGGUCACUUAAUAAUGUCUUGCAGCAGAUGGCUAAAGCAGAUGAUGAUUCAUAAGAGAAGAGGCUAAAAACUUAAAGACAAAUUAGGCAAAGGACAAAAGCUAAAAGGCAUGCCAACUUUCAGAAUAGCAUGUUUCUAGCUUCAAACAUUUCGUCUGCGGGGACCUGGAAUCAACAUUUUCUAUGCAAUUCUAGACAAUGUAACUGUUCAGGCAAGGCAUCAUUGGCAUAGAAAAAAUUCUAUGAACUAGAUUAGAAUUCUCCAUUCUACUAUAAAAACCUUGUUUCUCCUAAUCCAUAGCAGGGCAAGAAGUAAAAUAUCUAAUCCCAAAUAGGUAUUUGUCAGCAAAUCAAUAUAUAGUGUUCCAUAACUUCAAAUGGCAUUCCAAUCGGCAAUCACAUUGUCAAUUCUCACCUUAGCAUUGCUGAUGCUAGCAGCAGGUUCUGAUGCUGGUGGAAUAGCAAUCUACUGGGGUCAGAAUGGAAAUGAAGGUACUUUAGCAGAAACUUGUGCCACAGGAAACUAUGACUUUGUCAACAUAGCUUUUCUAUCAUCCUUCGGUAACGGUCAGACUCCUAUGAUUAACCUUGCUGGUCAUUGUGAUCCAUACAGUAAUGGUUGCAUUGGGUUAAGUUCUGAUAUAGAAUCAUGUCAAUCCAAAGGCAUUAAAGUAAUCCUGUCUAUUGGAGGAGGUGCUGGUGGUUAUUCCCUAGCUUCUGCAGAUGAUGCUAGACAAGUUGCAACUUACCUAUGGAACAACUUCUUGGAUGGAACUUCGUCGUCCCGUCCGCUUGGCCCUGCUGUUCUUGAUGGAAUUGACUUUGACAUUGAAGGAGGAACAGGCUUGUACUGGGAUGAUCUUGCAAGGUACCUUUCAGCAUAUAGCAGCAAAGGAAAGAAAGUGUACUUAACUGCAGCUCCUCAAUGCCCGUUUCCUGAUGCUUGGGUAGGAAAAGCCCUGAAUACAGGCCUUUUCGAUUACGUUUGGGUUCAAUUCUACAAUAAUCCUCCUUGCCAAUACUCCUCUGGUGAAGUUACCAAUCUUGAAGAUGCAUGGAAGCAAUGGAUUUCAGACAUUCCAGCCACCGAGAUUUUCUUGGGCUUACCUGCAUCUCCUGAGGCAGCAGGAAGUGGCUUCAUUCCUGUACCUGAUCUAACUUCCUCUGUGCUUCCUGCAAUCAAAGGAUCUACCAAGUAUGGAGGAGUGAUGUUAUGGUCCAAGUACUACGAUGACCAAAGUGGAUAUAGUUCUUCCAUCAGGAGCCAUGUCUAAGCUGUUAAAUCAGUCUUCACUGAUGUGUAUGGCGACUUGAGUUCCUAAUAGCACUUCUAUAUGUGUAACCUUAUAUUUUGUAUUAAUAAAUAUAUUACAUUAUUAUCA